UAGUGAUGUUUCGCUCAGUUCACUUAACGCACUUUAGUACAGUUGUGUUGUGUGACGAUCGCGCUCAACAUCGCGGGUUGUUCUGUUUCCAUCGACCGGCGGGACGCCGCAGCGCGUUCUGUGCUUGUGUUGUGAACAUUCACUUGUGUCUUGUAUUAUAAUUAUUAUUAUAUCAUUUAUUUUAUUCCCGUGAAGCGUACACGUUAUGUCCGAAGUGCUUAUUUCUCGCUGAAGUAGUAAAGCGGGACGGCUGUCGAUUUGCUCCGAUGCGCUUCUUGUUAUGUUGCAGCGCGGAGCGGAUGCGGAUGCGGAGCGCACGUGGCUGCAGGUCUCCUUUGGGUCCGCUCUGUCCUCGGCAGACUCCUCUCGUCGGGGCUCCAGGAAAGCAGUGACACGACCUUCGUGGCUUUGGGUGUCCUGAAGUGACCCUUAUUAACAAUUGCUAUGUUCCUUUUUUACUUUUGCUAACUAUUUCUCUAAAUUUGAUGUUUCGGUGUUUAAUUGAAAAUGAAGGCGGUCCAGUCUCCUUUUGAGAACCGGCCUGGUGGCGCUCCGUCAAGCGGUGGCCCGUGCCCGGUCGUCAGGAACAUCAUGACACAUGUCUCUUCACGCGUGCGACGCAUGUGAGCGCACGCUGCCCAGCCCUCCCUCCCUCGUCAUGGCGUACCGCACGCCCAACUACACCCACGAGCAGAAGCUCUACUUCCUGCAGCGCAUCCAAGGGGUGGUGGACACCGUGCAGGACUUCCGCAAGGACACGAACACCACCAUCCAGCGCAAUGCCGUGUGGAACGAGCUCCUGGCCGCGUUCAACGCCGCCUUCCCCGACCGGCCGCCCAGCACCAUGGCCAUGCUGAAGACCCUGUGGAAGAGGAUGAAGGUGGAGACGAGGGCCGCCUUGAUUCGGCGGCAGGAGCAGGUGGCGGCGGGCGCCCCCCUGACGCCGCUCACCGAGAUCCAGCGCGAAGUCACAUCCAUGGUGCCAAACCUGAUGGUGAAGCUGGAGGGCGCCGACCACGCCGGGAACAGCCACGUGAAGCCGGAGCGCAGUAGGACUUCUGCGGAAGCAAACAGUAAUGACCAUGAGGAUGUGACUGUCGCCAAAAUUGAGAGAUCUUCGCCGGAGCACGUCCGCGGCAACCUGGUGGCCGGCAGCUCCAGCUCCAGCCUCCCGGAAGCGUCGCAGUGGCCUCCCUCCCCGGCGGCCCCCGCCACGCCGACGGACAGGACGCGUGGGGUGGCGAACUCGAGCUUUGAAGCCCGCAUGCUGGAGCUCUCGGAGAUGGAGCACCAGCAGAAGAUGAGGGUGCUGCUGGCUCAGGAGCAUAUGCUGGAGGAGAAGCGCCGAGCCCUGAGGCAGAAGGAGAAGGCCUACCGCUACAAGAAGAAAUAUUAUCAAACAAAGCUGCAGAAGCUGGGGACUGAGGUGGAAUCCUCGACUGACGAAGACUGA